AUGGCCAAGCACGCCAGCGUUUAUCCAGCACCGGAGGAGCUGGAGGCCGUCCAGACGCUGGUGUCCACCGUGGAGGGAGCCCUGAAGAAGGUCUCCGACUGGAUGGACGGCCUCAACAAACCCUCAGGGAAGACGUCCGCCGCCAACGAAGCUGCAGACAACACAAAGGAAGAAGACGCUGCCGAGACAAAGCCCGGUGCUGCCUCGGUGCUGUGCGGGGUGACGCGUGUCGGCCUGGUGGCCAAGGGCCUGCUGAUCAAAGGCGACAUGGACCUGGAGCUGGUUCUGAUGUGCAGGGAGAAGCCCACCAAACUACUGCUGUACACCGUCAGCGCCAACCUGCCGCUGCAGAUCCAGACAAUGACGGACGACAAAUACGAAGUGCGGUCGAGCGUUCCCGAGGCAGCCAUCCAGGUGUGCAGCACCAAAGACCCUCAACUCACCCUGAAGAUCAUCUUAUCCUCCUUAGCCAUGAGGGAGGAUCAUGGCACCACAGAAGAAGAAGAGGAAGGCGACCGGGGCGGCGACAAGCAGCGGCGGGAGGACGAGGAGGAGGAUGAAGACGAGGACGUCCUGGACCGGCAGCGGUGCCAGGCGGCGCUGGCUUCGCUCCGACACGCCAAAUGGUUCCAGGCCCGAGUCACGGACCUCAAGUCCUGCGUCAUCGUCCUGCGGAUUCUCAGAGACAUGUGCAACCGGCUGCCCGUGUGGCAGCCUCUCAAAGGAUGGCCUCUGGAGCUGAUCUGUGAAAAGGCCAUCGCCACCUGCAACCGGCCGCUGGGUCCAGGUGAGGCUCUGCGCCGAGUCAUGGAGUGCAUCGCCUCGGGGAUCCUCCUACCAGGAGGUCCAGGAGUUCACGACCCCUGCGAGAGGGAACCGACGGACGUCCUGAGCGGCCUGGAGGCCCAGCAGGCUGACGCCAUCACACACAGCGCUCAGCAUGCGUUACGCCUCCUGGCCUUCGGACAGCUUUACAAGGUCUUGAAUAUGGAUCCUCUGCCGGCCAACAAGCCUUCGCCGAGGCUGUUAGAAGGCGGCUGUCAGAAGAGGCUUCGGGACGACGUCGGCUCAGACGACAGAGACUUCAUCAAAAGGAUGAAAGUGCUGGACUGGAGGAUGACGGACCCAAACCACCCCAUGAACGCCCUGAUGCGACUCAACCAGAUCCACCCGGGCCUCCAGUACCGCCUGCUGUCCCAGUCCGGCCCGGUCCACGCCCCGGUCUUCACCAUGUCCGUGGAGAUCCAGGGGACCGCCUACCAGGCCACCGGCAACUCCAAGAGGACCGCCAAGCUGCAAGUGGCCCUCAAGGCGCUGCAGGCUCUCGGCUUCGUGCUCGGCGGCGACGGCGACGUGGACUCGCUGAGCGCCGACGAGAAGUCGGACGGCGAGGGGAAGAACGACCGGAUGUCCAGCAGCUCCAGCUCCACCUCCAUCACCUCCUCCACGGACACGCAGGAGUCCAGAGCUCCGGGUCCGAUCCUGACGGCGGGCGGUAAAAACCCGGUGAUGGAGCUGAACGAGAAGCGCCGAGGCCUCAAGUACGAGCUGAUCUCGGAGAGCGGCAGCAGCUACGACAAACGCUUCAUCAUCGAGGUGGAGGUGGACAAGCAGGUAUUUCGGGGGACGGGUCCUAAUAAGAAAGUAGCCAAAGCUAGCGCCGCGUUAGCCGCCCUGAACAGCUUGUUCUCCGGAUCCAAGUCCGCGACCAACAAGAAGAAACGACCCAACCCUCCACCAAAGCGACCCGUGGCCUCGGUGCUGACCCUCCCGGCCCUCGCUGCCAGACCUCCGCGGGUCCCGGUGAUCCCCAGAGCUCCGUACAUCAGCACCCCGCCCACACAUGGAUACAUCCCGCCAGGUUUUGGUGCACCUUAUGGUUACAGCCCUGCAGGCGCCCUCCCUGCUUACAGUUUUCCCUCCAGAAUGCCCUCAGUAGUUGUCCCAGUCAUCCGAGUCCCCACAACAUACCCCGUCACCCACCUGUACCCCUAUUAGGACCCUCCCUCACCCAUCUCACAGGAAAUCACUUGUUAAAGGAAUAUCCUGGCUGUGUGUUCACAAAAAAACAACACCAGUUUCUGAGCAUUAAAUAAGGCAGAACUAUUGUUGCACAGCAUGUUCCCUCUGGGCCACAGCGGCAAUCAGCGAGAUCCAUUUGGCUGUUAGAAAGUUGCGUUGGCCUCGUCUUUUGCUGUCCGUGUGAACACAGAGUUUGACAAAUAAGCUCUUUGAUCAGCAAACCGUUAUGCAAUGAAAAAAAAAAAAAAACAAGCUCAGCAUUUAGUGAGCCGCAGUGUGUGAAAGACUGCUCAGGAAAAUAUUACAAAGUAGAGAGCAGAGUGUCUAGUGUCGGGUAUUACAUUUACAAGGGAAGUCAUUAACCUCACAGCAACGGAAACACCAACCAUUCGUCGAAAUAAACAGCCACUGAAUGGACCUAAAAAGGAUUAUUAGCCAGUCAAGGCUAUAAAACAUCCUCUGCAGGGAAACUAACCCAACAACCACUAUAGAAAAGUAAAGACACUCAAAAUUGCAGUCGCUAUAAGGAGCAGGAAGCAGCCUCUGUGGUAUAGCAACCACUAAAUGUGCAAUGUGGAAAACUGAAUAAAUAACAUAUUGAGGAAAUGAAACACUGUUGAUUUCCCUAAACUAAAUAUCCACCGUAACGACCCUAUAGGGAAAUAAAGCUGAUAUUAGUAGGAUUACACAGCAAGAACAAAAAACAUCUACACAGCAUUCGUUGUAAAUAAAUAAACUAUUUCACUAGAAUGGACACUAAACAGUUUAUUUCCCUGCAGUCAUCAUCAACAUGUUAACUGCAGAGAACUUCAGAUAUUUUUAGCUGCUUAACAUCCAAAGAAGGGAACUAAACCAAUAAAACCAGUGCAGGGAACUAAAUAAACCCACUAACCACAGAUCAGCUAUGAAAUAUCUCCAGUAGGGAACCAAAAAGAAAACACCCCCAAAUCAAUCAACUAUUUCAAAGUAUUGAAAUAAAUCAACAGCCACCUCAGGGAACCAGUUGAACACCAGCUGCACACUGACAACUAAAGAACCAAUGUAGGGAACUAAACAUACUUCACUUUGGACUAAAGAAAAUAAAUUCUAACAACUAGUCAACUAUGGUUAGUCCAUAUUUUACAAUGGUCACUGCCAUACACCACUCACCUAAUAUAUAUUACAGGGA